AAAACACAACGGAUACUAAAUUCCCUCAAAAUGCACCUGAAGUGGUAAAAAUUCGAACUUAUGAUGAUGGGACAACUCUCGUCCAUCUAAUACGAGACGGUAUACAACAAGCCAAUUGCUCUGGACAUAGUUUAGAACCGAUAUUGCGUAUAAGAGUUAUUCAAUUAAACGGAUCUGUUAUUGAAAUUAAUGCAAAUUUAGAUAUGGAUUCUUUGAAUUAUUGUCUUUUUGAAAACAUAUAUGGAGUUUUAGUGAAUCCUAUUGUAAUAUACCCUUUGCAACAACCGUUCAUUCUAAUGAAUUAUUACAAAGCCAAAAACUCUUCUGAUCCUAAAACUUAUGAGGAGUGGGGACAAGUCAUUGACUGGAGUGGCAAAAAUUUAAGUAACAUACGUUAUGGUCCGUCUUAUAUUAAUCCUCAAGGUGUUUGGACUCCAUAUAGUAAAAUUGUAUUAAAUAUAAAUCAAAGACUCGGAUUUCUUCGAUAUGCUGCUGUAGGCAACGGCACAUCGCAAUGGAUAGAAUUUCAGCAAUAUUCAGUUUUUACCUCAAUUCAAAUCGCGGCAAUUUCUACUGUUAAUAGUGGUUAUGGUAUAUUUUACGCCAUUUGUUCUGAUAAAGAAAACGAAUUAUUAGCCAUAAAGUGCACGUUGAAUGCUAAAUUCGUGUCAUAUAAUCAAACAUCUAAUGGAAGAGUGGCUAUUCUUUAUGAACUAAGUCAAAAAGUAAACAUUACGGGACUUUAUUGUGAUUUAGUAUCUGUUGGUUUGGGUCAUGCUUGUACAAUGGUUAUCGAUUCCUCAAGCACAACAAAUACCUCAAGUAUAACAAACACCCCAGUUAACUUCCUGUCGUCGGGUUUGGUGUUGUCAUCGAAUGUAAUCACCGAUAUCCUCCCUUUUUUCGCUAAUACAACUGUGCCUGCAAUAGGUUGGAGAAUGAAAGCAAUGCCGUUCGGUGGCUAUAUAUUGGACAAUAAUGCUUAUAACAAUAGUAAUAUAAGUUAUCAUUAUAUUUUUGCUUAUGAUGAAAAUAACAUUCUAGCUGAUUUGGUGCAACCGGGACCUUUUAUUACAAACAUCUAUG